AUGCCAGCAACACAGAGCACCUUCAUCCCUUUUUCCAUGCACACUACAGAGAUUGACGAUAGCGAUACUUGCUCAUCCUGCAGCUCCCCAUCUGCGAGACCUCCAUGCUCUCCUACCGACCUCAUCCCCGACAAGGUCGCCGUCGUCCUCCCCAGGAAGAAGCGCGGACAGCCCAAGGUCCGCGGUAUGCGCGUCAGCCUCUCCAAGGAAGACAUCCAGAAGCUCUUCCACCUCCGUCAAGUCGAGGCUGCCAAGCUCCUGGGCCUGUCGCUCACUGCGCUCAAGUCGGUAUGCCGGAAAGUCGGCGUCCUCCGCUGGCCGUACUCCCGGGACAGGCAGCAGUCGACCACAUCGGGUCUGGGCUCGAGCGCGUCAAGCGGAUGGGCAGGGGGGAACAGCGACGCGAGCACAGAGGAUGCGUCAGGAGGGGAGGAGGGAGGGGAGUGGGUGCACGAGUGGGACGGAGAUUGCGAUCAGGAGGAGGACAGGAGGCCGCUGGACGCCAGGUGGAUAGCGUGGUACAUCUCAGCGACGGAGGAGAGCGACGUGAGUAUGUGGUGA